AUGAAAAAGGGAUUUGGCUGCAAAGGAAGCAUUAUGUGCCUAGUGGUAGCAUUAUGUGUAGCGAUUGCACUUGUAUUGUUAGGGGUGAUCUUAGCAUUGACGGUGUUCAAACCAAGGCACCCCAUUACCAAUGUGGAUUCAGUAAGGCUUCAGAACAUGAGCUUGGCCAUGGACAUAUUUAGCAUGAGUGUAAAUGUGAACUUGACAUUAGAAGUGGAUGUUUCAGUCAACAACCCUAAUAAGCUUGGAUUCAAUUACUACAAUAGCUUUGCCCAACUCAACUAUAAAGGGCAGUUGAUUGGGGAAGCUCCUAUCCCUAAUGGAGACAUAUUAGCUGAGGAGAUUAAGGGACUCAACUUGACACUCAUUGUUAUGGCUGAUCGUUUGGUCUCCAAUUCUAAUGUCACCAAGGAUGUUGCAUUGGGUUCAUUGCCCCUCAACACCUUAGUGAGAAUUUUUUGCCAAGUCAACAUCUUAGGGUUUAUGAAAUUCUAUGUGGCUUCCACCUCAUCACCAAAAAUUCCCCAUUUCCUCGACUUCAAGAAUUUGUACAAAGGAGCAAAGUUGUCCCCAUUCACUUCAAUAUAG